CAAAAGCAACGCUCCAGAAUUUUGAUGGGAAGCAGCACACAAGCAAGCAAGGACGCGCACGGACGAGAAGCAGAUGGCUAGGAGAAAGACGUGGUACGUGUCUGCAGAAGAGUAGAUUUACAGUCAUGACGAGCCUUGCUCGACACUUCUCUUGCACAAUCACACUCUCAGGCCGGGCGUGGGACGUUGGACCACAGUUGGAUCGCACGCGCACAUCGCAUUGAGACAAGAGACGAGCAAGCGGAAAAGGCUCGAGCAGAGCAAGACCCGUUCAACAUAGACGCGCUUGUCGUACUCUGACAUCCGUGCCGGCACGCAAAGAGCAAGGCUUUGCAGGGUCGAGCAUCGAGCCGUGAACGAGCGGAUCGGCAAGGCGAGCUGGAGGCUUCUUGCACGCUAGAGGUCAGGAGGGCGCUGCAAGGGCAGGAGCAAGAGCGAAAGCAAGAGCAAGGCAGCAAGAAAUGGUCGCAUCCGCAACUCCUUUUCCCACGCUCAGGUCCGUGGUGGAGCGGUGCUGCAACUCAAAUCCUUGGAGCGAUCCGCUCCUCGUGCCCCUUCUCUCUGCUCCGCCGAGGGCAGCCAGCCAGUCGAAAGGCGUUCCGCGCGAUCAGAUCGGAUUCUUGAGACCGCGCGUGGUCAGGGCUAUACUCAAGGAUGUACCUAGAUCGAGCGUGCCCAGAGAGGCGCUCGUCUGGUCUAACGAGAGACAUCGAGAGUUGGCAGAUCUGCCUGCUUGGGUAGCUAUCAACCCUGAUCUGUUACAUCAUCAGUCCAGGACGCCAGCGAUCAAUGCGCUCGUUCAGCUUUGGAGGCAGGAAAAAACCUUUCCCGAUCCGCUCGACGGAUGGCGCGACGAGCUCUACGAUGUCUAUGCUAGUACAAACUCAGCGGACGGCAUCUCCUCUGUCCUCUUUGCGGAUCUUCACAGGAGCGGCAAGUGGCCCGCUGAUCGAUCCCUGGACGUGUCCGCGCCCCCCACGUCGCAGCCUUUCUUUGCGCUGGAAAGAAGCGCUUGUGCGCUUUUUGGAGUGGCCACCUUUGGUGUGCACAUGACUGCCUACGUGCAGGACGAAGAGGAUGGUCAAGUGCAGAUUUGGGUGCCUAGAAGGUCCAAAACGAAGAGUACUUGGCCUGGCUUCUUAGACAACAGUGUCGCCGGAGGUAUCACAGCGGGAGAGGACGUUGAAAUCUCUAUGAUCAGAGAAUGCACCGAAGAGGCAGGUUGGCCGGAAGAGCUGGUCAGACCUAGGCUGCAACAGGUCAUCUUCACGAGCUACUUUUAUCAAACCGAGACGGAGCACGAAGAAGGUGGUUGGAUACAACCAGAGGUGGAGUUCACUUACGCGCUCGAGCUUCCUAAAGAAGCCGUACCGACGCCAGAGGAUGGAGAAGCAGAGUCUUUCGAGUUGAUGAGCAUUCACGAUUGUCUGCGCACCAUGAGGGCUGGAGCGUGGAAAGCCAACACUGCGCCGAUCCUGAUCCAGUUCCUGGUGCUCAAUAAUCUUUUGCAUGUGGAGGAUGAGUCGCUCGAGGGCAUCCUGCAGCAAGUGCAGCAGGACCUCAAAUUGCCAGGAACGGGCUUUUGAGAAUUGAUAAGCUUCCGAAAUUUAUUUUGCAAGAGUACAGUC